AAUGGAAAGAGCUGCAAAUCUAAUAUUAACAGCAGGUUCUUUACUUGUAGGUGGUGGAAUACUAUUUCAAUCAUUCUUUUAUACAGUAGAUGGAGGUUAAAGAGGAUUAAUAUUUGAUCGUUUCCAAGGAGUUAAGGAAACAGUAUAUGGAGAAGGAAUGCAUUUUUUUAUUCCUGUUAUUUAAGUAUGAAUGUUAGAAUAUAUGUUAGUCUCCAAUUGUUGCAGAGGUUAGAUUGUAACCUAAAACAGUGGCAUCCCAUACUGGUACAAAGGACUUAUAAACAGUGGAUAUUGCAAUUAGAAUGCUUCAUAAACCUAUUGAAUCAUAUUUACCUGAAAUUUAUAAGUAAAGUUUCUUUUUAAUAGAUAAGAACCAUUGGUUUGAAUUAUGAAGAAAAGAUUCUCCCAUCUAUUGCAAAUGAAGUCUUAAAAGCAGUUGUUGCUUAAUAUGAUGCAGAUCAAUUAAUAAAAAUGAGAGAAAAGAUUUCAUAAGAAAUUAAGGAAGGUUUAAUUGAAAGAGCCAAAGAAUUUAAGAUAGUUUUAGAUGAUGUUUCAAUUACUCAUUUAGGAUUUAUGAAAGAAUAUGCUUAAGCUAUUGAAGCAAAACAAGUUGCAUAAUAAUUGGCAGAAAGAUAAAAAUUCAUAGUGUUGAGAGAUGAAGAAGAAAAGAAUGCAAAAAUUAUAUUAUCUGAAGGAGAAUCAGAAGCAGCUAGAUUGAUUAAUGAUGCAGUCAAAUAAUAUGGAACAGGUAGAAAUGUUUAUUUGAUCAAUAGCUUAAAUUGAGAUUAAGAAAUUAGAGACAGCUAAACAUAUAGCUGAAUAAUUAGCUAAGAGUCCAAAUAUUACAUGGAUACCAACUGGAAAUGGUGUGUCCAAUUUAUUGAAUUUGAAGACAUUUUGAU